AUGGUUAUAGAAGUACUAAUAAUUAUAAAUUUUUUCGUUUAAGUUACAUUUAUAACAUCAUUCAAAACAACGAAAUUUCGAAAUGGAACAGCUUAGUCCCAUUCAACUUUUUUACAAAGAAAAAACUAUUUUAAUUACUGGUGGAUCUGGUUUUAUGGGAAAAGUUUUAAUUGAAAAAUUAUUAUACAGUUGCAGCAAUCUUAAAAGAAUUUAUAUUCUUAUGCGAUCAAAACAUAAUAAAUCUGCUGAAAUACGAAUUAAUGAUAUGCUUAAAUUACCUAUAUUUAAUCGGAUAAAGCAAGUUAAGCCAGAGACUUUGAAAAAACUUGUACCUCUAUUUGGUGAUUUGUCUUUACAUAAUUUAGGACUUAGUAAAGAACAUGAAAUGAUUUUAAAGACUGAAGUAAAUAUUUUGUUUCACUGUGCAGCAACUUUGCGACUUGAAGCCAGUUUAAGAGAUGCUAUUCUGAUCAAUACCGUUGGUACUAAGAAUAUCUUGACUUUGGCGAAGGAAAUUGUAAAUUUGAAAGCAUUUAUUCACUUGAGUACUGCAUUUUGUCAUGUAGAUCAACAAGAGCUUUCUGAACGAAUUUACGAUACAUCAGAUAAUCCUAAUGAUAUUAUUAAAUUUGUAGAUUGGUUGAAAGAUAAUGCAUUAAGUUCAAUAACAUCUAAGAUGAUUGAGCCACAUCCAAAUACGUAUACUUAUUCAAAACGUUUAGCAGAGGAAUUGGUUGCACAAGAAUUUCCAAAUUUACGAUGCGCAAUUGCACGUCCAUCUAUAGUUACACCAGCUUGGUCAGAGCCUUUGCCAGGAUGGGUUGAUAAUUUAAAUGGACCGGUUGGAUUAAUAGUAGGAGCUGGAAAAGGGAUUAUUCGUUCAAUGCAUUGUAAUGGAAAUUAUCAUGCAGAAAUUAAUAAAUAUACCUGUAUACAAUAUUACACAAAGUGGAGUUAUGCCUAUUACAUGGAGUGAAGUAUUGCAAAAAGGAAAAUCAAUAGCAUAUGAUUAUCCAUUUGAAAAUGCAAUAUGGUAUCCAGAUGGUAAUAU